GACAAGCAGUUGCUAAGCAACCAGAGCCGCAUCGUCUCGGUCUGACAUGGCUCAAAGAAGUUCUGGAAGAAUGGUCCGUCCAUCCAAACCCGUCGUCUCGCAGCCCAAGAAGCGGCCGUCCACUAGCAGUAAGGCCGAGAAGUCCAGGACGGUUGAGGUACGGCCGCAUGUCAAAUCUGCCUCUGGUCCAACAGAGAAGCUCACAGAUGACCUUUUUGCUAAGGAAGAACAAUACAAACUCUUAAAUGCAGAGCUGGAAGCCAAAACAGCAGAUCUGGUAAGACAGGCAGAGCAGCUCAUGAGAGAGCAGAGUGAAGUUCUGUCGAAACCCUCAUCCACCCUCCUGCUCACGGACAUUGAGGAUGAAGAGGCUUUAAGGACAAUAACGCCUCAUCAGUGCAGUGUGCAGGAGCCCCAUGUGAAGGCGGUGACCAAAAAAAGGGUCACAUCAACAUCACAAAACAUGGCUAGUGGAAAACCAGAAAAAGAGCCUCACUGUAAAACUGAAACCCGAAAAGCCUCUCAUGUUGAUGGUUUAGCAGCUGCAGAAGACUCGGGUGACUUUUUCCUGGCAAAGACCAUUCAUAGCAUGGAGGAGAAGAUGAACAACACUGCCACUCACGAAAAUGUAACGGAUGAUGUGUCUAAUGCUGAGGACAAUGUAGGAUCAGGUAUUUCAGAUGCUCAAAUACGAGUUCUGAAGGCAAAACUACGGAUUAUGCAAGAGGAACUGGACCAGCUCUCAUGUGAAUACUAUAAGAAGGAUGAUGAAAAUGCUAAGCUUAGUGCAAAAAUGAAGGAGAUUGAGGAGGAUCGAGCCAGACUGCAGAAAACAACAAGCAUCCAGCAAACACAGAUUGAAAAGCACAGAGCUUUAGUAGACGAGUCUGGCAAAAAAUGUUACGGUCUCCAACUGCAAGUGUCUGCUUUACACAAGGAAAUAGAAAAUCUGAAUAGAUCCCACAAACAAGCAGCAGCCGUCCACAACACUGUGGAGGUCCGUCUGAACAGAGCCUUGGAGGAGGUGGAGAAGUUAAAGACUCAACUGAGCAAGACGAAACAGAUGAACAAGGACAAGAUAAGUGAGGAACAUCACAGUAAAGAAAAUCUACUUGCUGAAAACAAAAUGCUAAAGAAACAGAAAGCAGAGCUCAUUGUGGGUUUCAGGAAACAGCUCAAGCUGAUUGACAUUCUCAAGAGGCAAAAGAUGCAUUUUGAAGCUGCCAAGCUGCUGUCGUUCACAGAAGAGGAGUUCAUGAAAGCUCUAGACUGGGGGAAGUCAUAAACACUGAGAGACUUUUGGAUGAAAAGAAAAGUCAGUUAAAGGUGCCUUAACACAUUUUUAGAGAUAUUUCCAUGUUUUGUGGAACAAAAAGACAUAAGUACGGUCUUUCAGAACUUGAUUAGUAUGACAAUUAAAAAGAGUGGAGUUUGAAUUCAGAGUGAGAUUUGCCUCCUAAUUAUUCUCACAAUUAGCCACCAGACAACCUCAGAUCUUUCCUGGAUUUAUUUUAAUUAAGAUCCUGUCAGCAACAUCUUAAUAAAAAGAUGUUUCUGAUUCAUUGUCUUGUUGCUGAAUGCUAAACAAAUGCACACUGAGGAUUGAAGAACUCACUAAAAAAAUGCUAUAUAGUUCUCUUAAACUGCCAUCUAGUGGCGUAGUAAGCAAUUUCAGGAGAAACAAUCUAAUCAUCGUCUUCCCAGCCGUCUUCAGAGAGGACGUCUGCCUGACGCGCUUUAAAGUUUUUUCUGAAGUCCUCAUCAAAGUGCUCCAGGUCAUCUUCACGGAGUAAACCCUGAGAAUGGACACACUCAUGGUCAUACACUAGUUUGAUCUACAUAAAAUAUGAACAUGUCUGAUAUGAUUUAUAAUCCAUACAUGGCCUCAUACCUUUGGAAGGUAUCCAAGGAGUCUUGUUGCGUGAUGUUUAAGAAGUUGCUGCCUCUCCUCUUCAACUAUCCGUCUACGCAGCGCCUCCCUCUCCUGCUCAAUCGCUCUUUCUUUAGCCU